AAGGUAUCGCGAUUGGAGUUGAAGUUCCGGACCCAUGCUCAUUAUGUAACGAAGAAUUAUUUUUUGAGUCUAUAAAAAACCAUUUACCACUCUACGAAUCGACCAUAUAUUCCAUCGUGCUUGUCUUGAAAAAAAGCAUAAAUGGUAUAGAAAUUUAUCCUGUUAAGAAUCGUUCAAAAGAUUUUGAAUUGGAGGAUGUUGAAUUAUCGAAACUACCAUCUUUUCCAUUUCAAGAUAGGAUGAGUAUUGAUA